GAAAUUUAUGGAUUAAGUCGAGAUGAGGUUAAAGGAUUUUUGCAAAGAAGGAGAGCCGAAUUGGACCUUGAGGACGGUGAUAUCAAUAUAAUACAUAAUCAGAGAGUUAAGGGUGAUACCUUUCUUGAUUUUAAUGCUGUAGAUUUUGAAAGAUGGGAAAUACCGGGUGCUCCUGCCAAAAACUUGAAAGAGCUCGGUAAAAAACGAAAAGCUUUGGAAGAAGUGAAGAAGACAUGGAAGGUCAACAGCACAUUACGGGAAACUGACUGGUCUUCUCACUAUUUUAUGGAUCCAGUGGAAGGAAAACAACAAGAACAAGCAUCACUAUUUAAGAAAAUCGAAGAGCGUUCUUUCAUAAUGUUAUAUGGAACACGGGCAUCUGGAAAGUCUACGCGUUUUGUCGUUUGGGUAAAUUACCGAUUAUGGCGAAGGCUUCUGGAAUUCAUUGGCACAAAUCUCUCUAUUUAUAAACGUUCCAAUGAAUACUUGGAAUCCUGUGCGGAUAUAAAUCGUGCUGAAGAUUUCCUUCGUUAUUUUAGCAUAGCAGGCUGGGAAAAUGCUAAUAAAAAUUCUGAAAAUCUUCUUCGCGACAUCAGGAAUACUAUUGAAUCUUAUGUUAUUCAAGCCAUCAUCGACUCGAUCCGUAAUCCCAAUUUUAACAUGGAACAAGUACGAGCGUUGUUUAGUGAGUUUGAAGGAGACAAUAAGUUGAAUUUUGAACAGGGAAUUAUCGAGGACAUCUUUGAACAGACAAAUGGGCAUCAGGGCCUUGUUUGUCUUUGUGGGCGUGCAAUUGAAGACAAUCUGCUCAGAAAGCUAAACAAACGACUCUUAAGCCGUGAAAUUUGGGAAUGUCACAAAGUCAGUUUCUUAAUGGAUGCGAUUAUUUUGGACAUGAAUGUCACCACUGACAUAAAUAGUGCAGAAUACCUUGCUUCUGAAGGGGUUCUGGUACCUGGUGAAGAGGCCGGAGCAUUCAAACUUCCUUCUCCGUUGGUUCGCUGGUUGAUCCUUCAGCGUGUAAUCCCUAAUGUAUUUCCAUCUCGUCCAAGGGAAGAGAUCCCUUUCUUUAAAGAUUCUCAAGACCUGGACACUUUAAUUGCCUUAGAGUUUACUGUCAAAUCAUUUGACAAGGAUAUCAUUAGUUUUGCGCGCUUCCGUUCAUUCAAGACUGCUAAAGUGCUGGUCAAUGGUAAACGAAAUCAAUAUGUUCCUAGAGAAAGCGUUUAUGACGCAGAGCUAUGUCGAAUCUUACGAAAUUUGCUUAGCGUAGCAAACUUUAAAGUCACUGGCCAGUGGCACCUUAUAUCCGAUAAAAAACAUAGAUAUAGUGAUAUAGUUAUUGAUACGCCUUUUGGCGAAAAAAUCGUUCUCGAACUUUUUGCGACAGCAGUUACUAUUGAACUUGAUGAACACUAUCAACGGGCUCUUGAUUAUGCGAGACUACUCUCUGCGAAUGAAACUUUGGAUAGUUCAUAUUACAUGUGA